CUAGAGACGGAGAGCGAGGCAGCGGCGGCCAUGGCGGUCGUGCCGGGCAAAGAAGCUGGCGAUGAAGAGCAGGAGGUCGGCUUCACUAUCGACAUCAAAAGCUUUCUCAAACCCGGGGAGAAGAGCUAUACGCAGCGGUGCCGGCUGUUCGUGGGGAACCUGCCUACCGACAUCACCGAAGAAGACUUCAAGCGCCUCUUCGAGCGCUACGGGGAACCCAGCGAGGUCUUCAUCAACCGCGACCGUGGCUUUGGUUUCAUCCGCCUGGAAUCUAGGACACUGGCUGAAAUAGCAAAGGCAGAACUUGAUGGUACUAUUUUGAAGAGCAGACCACUUCGAAUUCGAUUUGCUACACAUGGAGCUGCCUUAACAGUCAAGAAUCUUUCACCUGUGGUUUCUAAUGAGCUGCUGGAACAAGCAUUCUCUCAAUUUGGCCCAGUGGAAAGAGCUGUUGUUGUAGUAGAUGAUCGUGGCAGAGCUACAGGAAAAGGUUUCGUAGAGUUUGCAGCAAAACCUCCAGCACGGAAAGCUCUGGAAAGAUGCAGUGAUGGGGCAUUCUUGCUAACAACGUAAGUUCACAGGUUUUUG